AUGCCUCGCAGGGCUGCUGCCACAUCAGCACCAGUCAGGCAUCCGGAUGACACAAGAAUGCCCCAGGAUGUUCUCAAGCCUACUCCUGGCAAAGAAUUGCGCUGGACCAAGCAGCAAAGCUGGAAACUCGAAACACUUAUCAAAGAAUACCGAAGCUCGCGUGGCAACCAAAUCAGCCGCGACGGCCAGCAGAAACUGGCCUUCGUCAGGAAGCAGUUCCUCCCGUACCUGAGAUUUGAUAUACACAUGACGCCGGAUAUCAAGCGUUACUCCAAGAUCGAUGAACGUUUGCAGGAGAUUAUCCAGGAGAGGCGCCUGUUACCAGAGGACCUGGUGGCUGCCGCAGAGCUCCUUUACCAGAAAUUUGAAUCUGAGAGCUGGGGUGCACCCAGUGGGAUGCGAAGAGCUAGCGCGACUGGAGGCGGACCACCCGCAGACCAUCCCAUCUGGGGCGUCGGUGGGAUCAUGCAUGGCGCGAGGAUGGUCACGGAGGGGAAGAAAACCAAUUACGUUCUCGACGACCGCUAUAGGGACGAAAUGCAAAAUGCCAGAGUCUAUGGGAAUAACGGCCUCACGCCUGGCGAUUGGUUCCCCAAGAUGGUCGUUGCUCAUUUCAGGGGGGCACACUCAGGCGGGAUGCGUGGGAUUUCCGGAGACCCCGAGCGCGGCGCGUUCUCCAUCGUCGUGUCUGGGCAGUACGACGAAGACCUGGACGAAGGCGACGUGCUCUAUUACAGCGGCGAGGCUGCAGACAAAAACGAAAACCCUCACGAGGUCAUCGGAAGGGCGACCAACGAUUCCCUGGUGGAGUCUUGUGCAAACCGGCAGCCGGUCCGUGUUUUGAGGAGUGCUUCAAAGGGAGAACGGCAGAGGCAUUACUCGCCAGCUUGUGGCAUAAGAUAUGACGGCCUUUAUACAGUUGUAGCAGUUCAGAACCGCCACAACGCCAAGGGUGGCCUGUACCAGCGCUUCAAGCUCCGUCGAGUCGGUGGGCAGGAGGAUUUGGAAGACAUUGCAGCGAGGAGCCCAAGUGCCGAACAGAGACGGGACUUUCAGAGGUUGAGAGAGGGAUACUAG